UUAAUUUCUUUGCUAAUUCUGUUGUUUAUGACCGUGUUCUUUGAAGUGGGCCCAUGUAUAUAAUUUAAGGUGGUAUUUUUAUUUUACAAACUAUUUAUAAAAGGCACAUUUCUGAUUAAGGGUGUGAAUACAUUGCUAAGAGUGUAGUUCUAGAAAACUACUAAUCAUAGUCAUAGUUUUCAUCCGCUCUCUUUUUUUCCUCACACAUACGCACGCGCGCACACACACAAGCGCGCAUGAGGGUGCGUGACCUCAUAAGAGCCGGGUUCGAAAUGGACCCGCCCAUUAAAACUGCGGCUGGAAAGAGCGGAAAAAGAAGGAGAUGCAGCUGAAAGAGGAGGAGAUGCAGCUGAAAGAGGAGGAGAUGCAGCGGAAAGAGGAGGAGAUACAGCAGAAAGAGGAGAGGCUGCAGAAAGAGAAGAUGCUGAUGAAAGAGAAGGAAAUGCAGCUGAAAGAGCAGGAGAUGUGGCAGAAAGAGGAGAUGCAGCUAAAAGAGGAGGAGAUGCAGCUGAAAGAGGAGGAGAUGCAGCGGAAAGAGGAGGAGAUGCUGCUGAAAGAGGAGGAGAUGCAGCGGAAAGAGGAGGAGAUGCAGCGGAAAGAGGAGGAGAUGCUGCUGAAAGAGGAGGAGAUGCUGCUGAAAGAGGAGGAGAUGCAGCGGAAAGAGGAGGAAAUGCAGCUGAAAAAGCAGAAGAUGCAGCUGAAAAAGGAGGAGAUGCAGCUAAAAGAGCAGAAAUUGCAGCUGAAGGAGAAGAGUUUACUGCUGAAAGAGGAGACGCUGCUGAAAGAGGAGCUGCUGAUGAAAGGAAAGGAGAUGCAGCAGAAACAGGAGAUGCAGCUGAAAGAGCAGGAGGUGCAGCUGAAAGAGCAGGAGGUGCAGCUGAAAGAGCAGGAGGUGCAGCUGAAAGAGGAGAGGUUGCGACUGAAAGAGGAGACGCUGCUGAAAGAGGAGGAGACGCUGCUGAAAGAGGAGGAGAUGCAGCGGAAAGAGGAGGAGAUGCUGCUGAAAGAGGAGGAGAUGCAGCGGAAAGAGGAGGAGAUGCAGUGGAAAGAGGAGGAGAUGCAGCGGAAAGAGGAGGAAAUGCAGCUGAAAAAACAGAAGAUGCAGCUGAAAAAGGAGGAGAUGCAGCUAAAAGAGCAGAAAUUGCAGCUGAAGGAGAAGAGUUUGCUGCUGAAAGAGGAGACGCUGCUGAAAGAGGAGCUGCUGAUGAAAGGAAAGGAGAUGCAGCAGAAACAGGAGAUGCAGCUGAAAGAGCAGGAGGUGCAGCUGAAAGAUGAGGAGAUGCAGCUGAAAGAGCAGAAAUUGCAGCUGAAAGAGGAGAGGUUGCGGCUGAAAGAGGAGACGCUGCUGAAAGAGGAGCUGCUGAUGAAAGGAAAGGAGAUGCAGCAGAAAGAGGAGAUGCAGCUGAAAGAGCAGGAGGUGCAGCUGAAAGAGGAGAUGCUGAUGAAAAAAAUGAAAGGGGUUGAUAUGCAGAAGAGAGAGCUUGAGAUGAUGCAAAAAGAUGAGGAUGAGAUGCAGCUGCAGAAAUUUGAGAUAACAAUUUAAAGAAAUGCAGAUGAUAAAGAAUGACACGAAGAUGACCGAAUAUUUGAUGCUGCUAAAAGAGAGUAAAGACGCAGCUAAAAUAGGAGAUGCAGCAGAAAAGGAGAUGCAGCUGUAAGAGAUUUGUAUGCUGCUGAAAGAGAUUGAGAUGCAGCUGAAAGAGGAGGAGAAGCAGCUCUGCAGCUAGAGCAGCCUGUGUCUUUCUUCACUUUGAGGAAAGACUGGCAAAGCCGUAGUAUCAACUUAAGCAUAGAUGAGAUGAAAGCAUAAAAAAAAUUAAAAGUGCUGAGAGAACAGCAGCAUGAGAGACUGCUCAGGCUGAGCUCCAGUAAAAACAGCAAAAAGAGGAGGAGAUGCAGCUGCAGAAAAUUUUGAAGCAGGAGAAGGAGAUGUCUUUCUUCACUUUUUGAGGAAAGACUGGCAAAGAUGUUGUAUCAACAGCCCCCCACAACAAAGGCAACUUUAAGCACAGAUGAGAUGACAACAGAAAAAAAGUGCUGAGAGAACAGCAGCAUGAGAGGCUGCGCAGUCUGAGCUCCUGCAAAAACAUCAGAAAGAGUGAGAGAUGCAUUAAAAAGAUGGGAAAUGCAGCAGAAAGAGGGAGAUGCAUUAAAAUUGGGAAGAUGGGAAAUGCAGCAGAAAGAGGGAGAUGCAUUAAAAUUGGGAAGAUGGGAAAUGCAGCAGAAAGAGGGAGAUGCAUUAAAAUGAUGGGAAAUGCAGCAGAAAGAGGGAGAUGCAUUAAAAAGAUGGGAAAUGCAGCAGAAAGAGGGAGAUGCAUUAAAAUUGGGAAGAUGGGAAAUGCAGCAGAAAGAGGGAGAUGCAUUAAAAUUGGGAAGAUGGGAAAUGCAGCAGAAAGAGGGAGAUGCUGCAGAAAGAGAGAGCAGGAAUUGAACCGCAGCAUCCCACAUGUGGUGUGUGCUAGCUUACUGGCAAGUAGUGCACCAGACCAUCAUUUAUCAUGAAAUUAUAAAAAGUAAGCUAUAUUUUGUCCGUAUCCAUAUACUGACCCAGCUUUUUCUCUGAUGUGGAACUGGCACUGUUCUGGUUUGCAAACCUAAUUCUUCUAAUCAAUCAAAGUUCUUUUAGUGUAAAACAAUGAUACUGGUUCAAGAACCAGAGUGCUUUUGGUGGAAAACAAUUAUAUUAUAUUAAUAUCGAUAAUCUUGGGGAAACUGUAUUUAUGUUCAGUUAGCACUUUUUUUAUUUGUUAUUUUUUAUUUCUGUAGUAAAAGGUCUACAGUCAUGCUUUCACAAAGAAGCUCGUCUUGAUUUAUCAGUUCAGCUCUUUAUGAUACAAUUAUGAAAUGAUUAUAAAUUAUUCCUCUCCAGACACUUUACUGAAUUUCUCCUCCACUGUGUCCUUACACAUCCACUGCUUGUUCACUAAUAUAUACUUUCAUCCACACAUAUAUUUAUAUGGUAUAUGGUAUAUACAUCCACAAUAUCAUUUAUGCUCUGCUUUAAAGCAAUAAACUGAUGGCAGCAUCAUGUAACGAACAUCAGUCAGUAACAGAUGCUGCAAAUACUAAUCUCUUACAACA